GUCAAAUCAAAAUCACAACCGAACUCAAACCCAAAACCCAAACAAACGACAAAUUUCCUUUUCGCAGAGGGACACUGUUCUGUUCGGUGUCCAGACAGAAAGAGGCACCUUUUCCAAACCUCCAAAAAACCAACCAAGGGUUUUCAACAAAACCUUUUACAACGUUACAAAAAAAUAAAAGUGAGAAAGAGGAAAAGGAAAAAAAAUGAUGGGUUUAGGUUGGGUGGCGAAGCCGAAUAAUCGACAAUGCAGAAGGUGGACGACAAGUCGCAUAUGGGGAGCAACGUUUCUUUGUUGCAUGUGCUUAAUCUUCUUCACUCCCAGAAUCCCUCGCUCUCCCAAGCACCACCAAUUCGUUGACAUGCGCAAUCUUCUCGAUUCUCCAGGAGUACCCAACACGUUGAAUGUGAUGACAAAUUUCCCGUUUUUAGUUGUGGGUGUUCUGGGCCUUGUGCUUGCCCUGGAAGGAGGUGUCUUCAACAUAAGUUCCCAAGGAGAGGUUUGGACAUGGGCACUGUUCUAUGCUGGAAUAGCAGGUGUGGCUUUUGGCUCUGCUUAUUACCAUUUGAAGCCCGAUGACCAUCGUGUGUUGUGGGACACUUUACCGAUGAUGGUGGCCUUCUCCUCACUUUUGUCUAGCUUGGUUGUUGAGAGAUUGGGCCAGAGGAUUGGACUGUGUUGUAUGUUUGCACUCAAUCUUGCUGCCUUUCUAUGUGUAGUUUAUGAACGAAUUUAUAAUGAUAUUCGGUUCUGCAUGAUGUUCCAGUUGACUCUGCCUCUAGCUAUUCCAGUAAUAGCAGUCUUGUACCGCUCCAAAUAUACUCACUCAAGAUAUUGGUUUAUUUCUACAGGGAUUUAUCUGCUAGCAAAAUUUGAAGGUGCUACCGACAGGAAACUGUACCAUGUAAAUAACUACAUUAUCAGUGGACAUUCUUUGGAACACUUGUGCUUAGCACUGAUCCCAAUUUUACUCAGCGUAAUGCUCAUCCACAGGGAACUUAAGUUUCAAAGAUUAGUUGAUCUUAAAGAUCGACCAUGAAGAGGUAGAGAGAAUUGAUGAUUGUUGAAUUGCUCCUGGAUUGCUGAGAUGUUGGUUGGAGUCAUAGAUGAUUGAAAAUGCCUUAGGAUUAUGUAAACCAUGGUCGGCGAACUAGAUCAAGUUAAACUUGUCUUCCAUAACUGGCAAGUCUAACUAGUUUAGCUGUAUAGUGGGGUCAAAUUCCUUUAUCUUUAUUUACAAAGGAAUCUCUGUUGACACCAAUCUGAUUUUGCCUGGUGGGUCGUCAUGUGUAUGAAAGCUUGUGCAUUUCAGAUUAUAUAGGAAUAUGUAUGAUUGAGGACCCGAGGAGACGGACAAGAGGUUUCUAACUUGAAUUGGUUUUUCUUUGUCGUUCUUCAUUGCCCUUGUGAAAAUUGUGACAGCAUUAUUGAUUCAUUGAGAAUUUUGUAACUAGUCUCUGUUGAGUUUGUUUUUUGGGGUGUGAGAAUAACUAACAUGCAGAAAGCAAUCAUAGAUUCUGUUGUGAACUUGUGAGAGACUUAAGAUUGCUCUCUCUGGAUUUAUUAUGGAUGAAUCCAGGUGGCAAUAGAGGAUUUGAGAUUCACAUUAACAAAGGUCAAGGCACGUGUUGGCGCUUUAGAUGCUCACCUGGCAAAAUAUAUUAUAUAUGUUCCCUUCACAUGCUGUUGCUUUGUCCUUUUUAAUAACUUUUAAUCUUUUUAUGGCUCCUUACAUAUUCAUAAUCAUGUGGCUUGUACCCAUAUACUCAUAAUUAUAUAUUUGUAUUACGUUCGGUGAUCUUUCG